UCUAUAAGAUAGAUGUUGUGCAUCAUGCCUCACAUCUCAUGCAUCUACCUUCUAAGCUGGCACGGACCUCCGCCCGUUCCUUCCGCGGUUGGUGACGGUGCGGUCAUUGAUGCCCGCCAUUUGUAUGGCCCCCCGCAACCACAACUUCAUCACCCUCUGCAUCCCGAACCGCCUGGCUCCGCUCGCGUGCCUAUACAUAAUACUCUCCCUGACUGCACCUCGGGGCCGCAUUUGCACAUAGAGAAUACAAACUUCUCUGUGCCGUCGUACCAUUGUUGCCAUGGCUUCCACGGCCACUUCGACUACGUCACCGACCGUUUCCAAUCAUCUCCCCGAAGAGGUCAUAACCUGUCUUCAAAAUGCGCGCUUCCUUCAUCUGGCGACCGCCGCCAACAAUGUCCCCCAUAUCUCGCUCAUGAAUUACACCUACCUAGCGCAAUCACCUUACUCCUCGACGCCCACCAUCAUCAUGACCACCCCGCCCUCCAGCCGCAAGACCCUCAAUCUCGCCAGUAACCCCCUUGUCUCCCUGCUCGUCCACGACUGGAUAUCGCACCGCCCACCGACGCUUUCCCAACCCGGCCGCCCGCCCUCCCCCUCCCGCCCAGGACCCAGGUCAGGCAGUCUCGCCGAACUUCUGCUAGGCUUGAACACGGCCAGUCUCUCUAGAAUCAGCACCACCAUCAAUGGCGUUGCCGAGAUCGUGCCUCGUGGGUCCGAGGCGGAAGCGUGGUACAAAGCACAGCACCUUGCGAACAACACAUUCGCCCCCUCAGAGGAUUCCUACUCCUCCUCGCCCGUCGGCGGCGGAUUGUGGAGAGGGCUAGGCCAGGCGGGAGAUGCGGAAUCACGGGAAGGGGAUGGUGGCACACGGUGUUAUGUCGAGGGCGAGGAGGUGUGUGUUGUUGUGGUAAAGAUCAAAGACGGGAGGAUUGCUGACUGGAAGGGCCAAGUCCGAGAUUGGACAGUGGAGGAGGGUGAAUCGCCCGUCGUCAACGGAGCUUAACCAUCCAUAUCCAAGUGCGUCACGUCCGUGGUUAGGACAUGUCAGGGUCCUGGGAUGGAUCGAAACGGUUAAUGUACCCAGUGGCAUUUGAUUGCGUCGCAUGAGGUCAUGUCGUCUUCCAACAGGAGUUCUCUUCUAGCUGUAGUGUUACUUUAAUCCGGUCUCUGUAUUCCCUGCUGGGAUAUGCGAUUGCUGUUAUGAUACU